UUUCCCACACCACUCCUCACCGUUCCCUUUCUUCCCUCCCCUACGAACCCUCCCGCCGCCCGUUUCAAACCCUCCCCAGCCGCGAUGGCCGCCGCCAUCACCGGCGACGCCGAAACCGACCUGACCCUGCCCGUUUCCGAUGACCUCGACGACAACGGUUUCCCCGCGUCACCCCCUGCCGCAGCCACCACCAGCAGCUUCGCCCACGACUUCUACCGCAGCGGCAUCGACUGGUCCUCCCUGCAAGCCCCUCCUUCUCAUCGGAGGAGGCCGGUCGCUGGAGUAACGGAGCAAGUUUGCGGCCCGUUGGUUCAGAAGAACCUCUUCCAGGCGUGGGGGAUCGAGAAGCCAGCCGCCGGAACAACGGAGAAACUCUGCGGCCAGCGGGUUCAGAAGAACCUCUUCCAGGCGUGGGGAAUCAAGAAGCCGCCGCGGGAAGAGGCGGCGCAGGGGGCCCCUGUUGGGGCUGGGGCUGGGGCCUCCUCCUCUUCUCCUUCCCCUUCUGUUGCUUGGUCCGGUAGGAAGCGGCGCUGGGGAGGCUCGGACGAGAACGGGGCGUCCAGGAAGCCCGUCGCUUGCCCCUUCUACAAGAAGAUUCCCGGUACGCCGUUCACGGUGGACGCAUUUCGGUAUGGGGCAGUUGAGGGGUGCUAUGCUUAUUUUCUCAGCCAUUUCCAUAAUGAUCAUUACGGCGGGUUAACCAAGAAGUGGUGUCAUGGUCCUAUCUAUUGUACUGCAAUCACUGCACGCCUGGUGAAGAUGUUACUAUCAAUUGAUUCUGCGUAUGUUUGUCCCUUGGAGCUUGAUACUGAGUAUGUCAUCGAUGGAGUGAAGGUUACCUUCUUGGAGGCCAAUCAUUGCCCUGGUGCAGCCCUAAUUCACUUCCGUCUUAGUGAUGGCAAGACCUAUCUCCACACUGGGGAUUUUAGAGCAUCAAAAUCCAUGCAGUUGCACCCACUCCUCCAAACUGGCCGCAUAAGUUUGCUUUAUCUGGAUACAACAUAUUGCAAUCCAAAAUACAAGUUUCCACCACAGGAGGAUGUUAUUGAUUUUGUUGUGAGGACAGCUCAAAGAUAUCUAAAGAAGCAACCAAAAACACUUAUUGUUGUUGGGGCAUACAGCAUCGGGAAAGAGAAUGUCUAUCUAGCAAUUUCUCAAGCUUUAGAGGUCCCUAUAUACACUGAUGCAUCACGAAGGCGGAUUCUUCACUCAUUUGGCUGGCCGGACUUGUCCAAGAGGAUAAGUUCAUGCAAUCAAAGUUCACCACUUCAUGUUCUGCCCCUUGCAUCAGUGCAACAUGAGAACUUGAAGAAUUACUUGGAGACUUUUAACCAAAGAUUUCUAUCUGUGCUGGCUUUUCGACCUACAGGUUGGACCUUUUCUGAGGCAGCUGGACAGGAGCUUGACUUAAUUAAACCUAGCUCUAGAGGCAGAGUUACAAUCUAUGGUGUACCUUAUAGCGAGCACUCAAGUUUCACCGAGCUUAGGGACUUUUUGAAGUUUCUGAGGCCUCAAAAGCGGCAUCGUGAUGGUACAUGAAGAUCGACCAAAACCUUUAGAGGAUUAUGCCUUUUUAAUUCUUUUCUGUGCUGAAAAGAUAGGUUGAACAGAAAUAGAAGUUCUUGUACAAGCCUAAGAAUAGGCGAUCACAACCACAGCAGACGGUGCCAGUAGUGACGCCUGAAGCCUGGUUGCCUUGUCCUGGCCCACAAACUGGCUUCUGCCUGUAUUGUGUCGAACAGCUUGGUGAGUGACAUUGAGCCUCUGUGUUGAAGAUGGCAGCGUUUUUUCUGCUUCUGGAUCUAGUAUGCUGUAAGCAUUGUCAUUUGGGGCAUGUAAUUUACUGAAGCAGAUAAAAAUGUAUUCUGUUGUUCUCUCUUUUGAGAGGCAACUCUGUUUUUUUUCUUUCUCACAUGUCGCUCGUAUUUAAUUCAUUGAAUUUAUAACAUUCCAGACUCUAGUUAUUAAUGCUCAAUCAAAUUCAUUGUUCUGCA